AUGGCGGAGCCGGCCCUCCUUGACCCCUCUCCCUUCGACCUCCGCCACUUCCCGCCCUACCUCUUUGACACGGACCUCCACCUCGCGGGCGACGACCUCCCGCUGGAAAACUUCGCCGGCGGCGGCGACGGCUGCGACGAUCUCGACUUCGACCUGCCCGUUGAUUUCUCCGUCGAGGACUUCCUCCUCCGAUCCCCCGACCGCGGCGACUCCGGCGAGGGCUCCGCCGCCGGAUCCGGCCCCACCGGCUCCUCAUCCUCUCCCGCCGCCUCCGCCGCCGACUCCGUCGUCGCCGGUGGCAGCUGCGGGGUCAAGCACGAGGAGUCCGACGAGGGGAGGAGCGGCGCCGCCCCUAACUGGGGCCUGAAGCGGAAGCAGGCGUGUCCCGCCGUGAGCUCGGACGCGGCAAAGAGCCGCCGAUCCGGCGAUGGUGAAGUUUCUCCAUCGGCGUCGGCGUCGCGGGCAGCCAUGGAAUCUGACGACGGAGGCACGGUCGGCGAGGGAGAGGACACGAGGCGAGCCGCCCGGCUCAUACGUAACCGUGAGAGUGCGCAGCUGUCUAGGCAGAGGAAGAAGCGGUACGUUGAGGAGCUGGAGGAGAAGGUAAAGUCAAUGCAUUCAGUGAUAAAUGACCUCAAUUCUAAGAUCUCCUUCAUCGUGGCCGAGAAUGCAACACUGCGGCAGCAACUCAGUAGUGGUGGUGGCAGUUGUCCACCACCGGGGGUGUAUCCACCUGCGCCAAUGCCUGGCAUGCAUUUCCCGUGGGUGCCCGGGUAUGCCCUGCGGCCUCAUGGUUCACAUGUCCCUCUUGUACCAAUCCCCCGGCUAAAGCCGCAGCAGUCCGUGUCUGCAACCAAGGUUACAAAGAAACAUGAGAACAAGAAGGCUGUGGAUAGCAAGAGUAAGACCAAAACUAAGAAGGUGGCAAGUGUUAGCCUUAUUGGUUUGCUGUUAUUUGUGCUCCUAUUUGGUGCUUUUGUUCCAGGGUUCAAUCACAAUUUUGGGAUGAGAGGAGGGAGUGACAGUACAAUGUUUAGGAGUUUUGGUCAUCCUCCUGGUAGGGUAUUGAGUUUUACUAACCAUGGUAAAGGAACUAAAGGUGGUUCAAACAACAGUGACAUGAUCGAUGUUGAUUCCGGAAUGAUGAUGGCGAAUGGUGAUAGCACUGAGCAGAAGCAUGCACCUAACUCAAGUGAGACCCUGCCAGCUUUGUUGUAUGUGCCUAGGAAUGGAAAGCAUGUUAAGAUCAAUGGCAAUCUGAUUAUCCAUUCUGUUCUUGCAAGCGAGAAAGCAGUGGCACAUACAGCUUCAAAACAUAACAAUGGUCAGUCGGAUAUAGAUCACAAAGAGACUAGUGUAGCCAUAGCUCGGCAUCUGUCACUGCCUGGAAACAAUAUGAAACCACAGGAGAAAUCCCCGGUAGAUGGACCAUUGCCACAGUGGUUCCGUGAAGGAAUGGCAGGGCCUAUAUUAAACUCUGGAAUGUGCAGCGAGGUAUUUCAGUUUGACAUUUCCACUGCUUCUACCAAUUCUGGUGGUGUCAUACCUGCUUCUCCAAUUGUGAACUCCUCGAGUAUCAAUGCUACACAAAGUAUUCCAACUCCGCCUCCUGCUUAUCUUGGCAAGCUGAAAAAUAGGAGGAUAAUGUAUAAUGAGGCGAUUCCACUCACUGGAAAAACGGUGAACAACACAGAGCCUUUUAACAGAACUUCCGAGAACAGCAAGUUACCUGAUAAGAAGCCAUCAUCAUCAGUAGUUGUUUCUGUGCUGGCUGAUCCCAGGGAGGCUGGUGAUGGUGACCGUGAUCCAAGGAUAUCUACCAAAUCACUCUCCAGGAUAUUUGUUGUCGUUCUUCUUGAUGGUGUCAGAUAUGUCACAUACUCCUGCACUCUUCCUUUCAAGAGUGCCAGCCCUCAUCUUGUGAACUAACUGAUAACCAUGGGGUCAAUGCAGUAUUAUGAUGCUUGAGCGACUGGGUAGUCUGCAAAAUCUGACGGCCAAUAGAUUAAUAUGAUGCUAUUUCUAACCAAGGACUGAACUUUCUAUACACUCAGCCUGAGUUAAUCGAAGGUUUGAAGUGUGUUUAGUGAAGUGUGGUUCUGCAAGUUAAGUUAAUGAGUGCAGUUUGUGCUGCUGUGAUGAUCGUGUUCGCAUGCUGUACUCUAAACAUGUAGCGUCGAUGUUAUCUUGUACUCUGUACUAUCCUACCCCUCGUGGCGGAGUAAUACUGUUUGAGGAUCUUGAAUAUAAAAUAUACCUAUGCAGUUGUCUAUCAGCU